AUGGGAACGGAGUGGAGUGUGGUAUGGUUUCAUUGUUCCAUCAGCUACCUGUUAAUUUUGGGGUGGCUCGCCCGAAGCAGAAGGUCCUCAAGUCCACGGUGCCGCGCCAACAGCUCCCCACGCAAGGCCCCCCGCGGCACGGCCCCGCGCAAGCAGCUGGCCACCAAGGCGGCCCGCAAGAGCGCGCCGGCCACCGGCGGCGUCAAGAAGCCGCACCGCUACCGGCCCGGCACGUUGGCCCUGCGCGAGAUCCGGCGCUACCAGAAGUCCACCGAGCUGCUGAUCCGCAAGCUGCCGUUCCAGCGGCUGGUGCGCGAGAUCGCGCAGGACUUCAAGACCGACCUGCGCUUCCAGAGCUCGGCCGUGAUGGCGCUGCAGGAGGCGUGCGAGGCCUACCUGGUGGGGCUCUUCGAGGACACCAACCUGUGCGCCAUCCACGCCAAGCGCGUCACCAUCAUGCCCAAGGACAUCCAGCUGGCGCGCCGCAUCCGCGGGGAGAGGGCGUAAUAAAUUCUUUUAAGC